GGCAAUAGGAACUAAUGUCAGUAGUUGAUGUAACAGUCGAGUUAGUUAAGUGGGGGCACCUGGAGUUUUUAAAAGAGGCUAGUUUCGGUCAGUUGUUGCCAAAGUAGGCAAGUUUGCGCCCGUCUGGGCUAAUUAAAAAAAACCAAAAACAAAAACAACAAUAAAAUAAUGGAGAGGUAGAAAGUGAUUUUGCCGGCUGUUAAAAUUUGAGCUAGUACACGAGACAAAGAUACCGUGUGAAGUGGAAGGGACAGGUGCAUGCAGGAGCAUUGGCAGUUACGUGGAGUCAAUGAAGGAGGAGAUGGCGUGAGAAUCGGCUGCUGUCUUCUGAUCUGAUGGCGGGAGAUUUUCCUUGGACCAGUUCAUCUGUUUAUCCUGGGUCGAGGGAGCAUGGAGGGCUGAGGCCUUGGCUCUGUGGCCUCCCAAGACCUCACCACCUUCGCCUUCCCCUGUCGAGGUAGCCUGGAAGAAGCCAGCAGCUACAUUACAUACUGUAUAUGGGUUAGUCUGUGAGUGUGGAUGGAGCGGAAGCAGCCGAGAUGUCUGCUAGGAUUCUUGUAACGUUGCUGGCUGUGUCCUGCGCUGUUUAUGCUCAGUCGGACGUGGAGAGCAGGGCGAGGGAGUUUCUGCAGAGGUUCGACAGGGAGGCCACUCAGCGUAUGUACCAGUACUCUCUGGCAUCAUGGGCCUACAACACCAACAUCACAAAGGAGAACUCAGACAAAUUGUCACAAGAGGGGCAAAUUUGGGGAAAUUUCUACACCCAGAUGUCAGAAGAGUCCCAGAAAUUCCCCAUCCAACAGAUCAAGGAUCCAGAAAUCAAAUUACAGCUCAUCUCCCUGCAAGACAAAGGCUCUGGUGUUCUAUCCCAGGAUAAGGCUGCACAUCUGAGUAAAGUCUUGAGUGAGAUGAAUACAAUCUAUAGCACUGCAACGGUGUGUCUGAUGGAUGACCCCCUUAACUGCCAGACUUUGGAGCCAGGCCUGGAGCAUGUUAUGUCCUACAGCAAGAACUACUUUGAGCGUCUGCAUGUGUGGGAGGGCUGGAGGAGAGAGGUGGGGAAGAGGAUGAGGCUCCUGUAUGAAGAUUAUGUGGAUCUGAAGAAUGAAGCUGCCAAACUAAACGGCUUUGAAGACUACGGAGCUUAUUGGAGAUAUAACUAUGAGACCAUUGAGGAGGACAGUCUGUACAAGUACACCAGAAAUCAGCUGAUGGAAGAUGUCCGUUCAAUAUACAAAGAGAUCCUGCCAUUAUACAAGGAGCUGCAUGCCUAUGUGAGAGCCAGGCUUAUGGAGGUCUACCCAGGACACAUUGAUUCAGAAGGGCCUCUGCCGGCCCACCUGCUGGGUGACAUGUGGGGAAGAUUCUGGAACAACCUGUACCCCCUGUCUGUCCCCUACCCCGGAAAACCAGAUAUUGAUGUCAGCAAAACUAUGGUGGAGCAGGGUUGGCCUGAGCGUCGGCUGUUCGAAGAAGCAGAGAAGUUCUUCAUGUCUGUGGGUCUGUACAAGAUGUUUGAAAACUUCUGGAAUAACUCCAUGCUGACGAAGCCUGAUGAUGGACGCAAGGUGGUCUGUCACCCCACAGCCUGGGACAUGGGAAACAGAGAGGACUUUAGGAUCAAAAUGUGCACCGUGGUCAACAUGGACCACUUCCUCACUGCACACCAUGAGAUGGGUCACAACCAGUACCAGAUGGCUUAUCGCAACCUGUCCUACCUCCUGAGGGACGGAGCCAACGAGGGUUUCCACGAGGCUGUCGGAGAAAUCAUGUCCCUCUCUGCUGCAACGCCCAAACACCUGCAGAGCCUGGAUCUCCUGCCCGCUAACUUCAUUUAUGAUAGUGAAACGGAGAUCAACUUUCUGCUCAAACAGGCGCUCACCAUUGUGGCCACACUGCCAUUCACCUACAUGCUGGAGGAAUGGAGGUGGCAGGUGUUCGCAGGGAACAUCUCCAAGGAUGAAUGGAUGGAGCGCUGGUGGGAGAUGAAGAGGGAGUUGGUAGGGGUGGUCGAGCCGGUGCCAAGAGAUGAGACAUACUGUGACCCGACUGCUCUGUUCCAUGUAUCUGGAGACUAUUCUUUCAUCAGAUACUUCACAAGAACCAUCUACCAGUUUCAGUUCCAAAAAGCACUCUGCGAUGCGGCCGGUCACACAGGUGCCUUGUCUACAUGUGACAUUACUGGUUCUUUAGCAGCAGGAUCCAAGCUGAGGAAUAUGUUAGAGCUGGGAAGGUCCCAGUCUUGGACCAGGGCUUUGCAUACGAUAUCCGGUGAUGCUAAGAUGGACGCCCGCCCCCUGUUGGACUAUUUUCAAAAACUUUAUGACUGGCUGAAGGCAGAAAACAUGCAACACAACAGGAAAGUAGGCUGGAAGGCAGAAAUAGAUCCAUAUUCAGAGUAUGCCAUCAAAGUGAGACUAAGUUUGAAGACUGCCUUGGGCGAAAAUGCUUAUUCCUGGAAUGACAACGAGCUGUAUCUGUUCAAGACCAACAUUGCAUAUGCUUUGAGGCAGUACUACAGCCAAAAGAACGAGACCCUUCUCUUCACGUCUGAGAAUGUCCUCGCCUAUAAGGAGACUCCCAGAAUCUCCUUCUACAUUGUGGUCACCAACCCGGCAAGUCCCUCCGAAUACAUCCCAAAGAAUGAUGUGAAGACUGCCAUCCGGUUAAGUCGAGGCCGAAUCAACGAUGCCUUCCAGUUGGACGACAGGACGCUGGAGUUUGAGGGUAUCCCAGUAACACUGGCCCCUCCAGUGGAGCAGCCGGUGGAGGUGUGGCUGGUGGUGUUUGGGGUGGUCAUGGGAGUCGUGGUGCUAAUGGGCAUCUACCUCGUCGUGUCUGGUGUCAGAGAGCGCAAGAAGAAAUCCGCAAUGACAGGCGUGGACAAUCCCUACGAUUCAAGCACUGAUGGACAAACUAACAAAGCGUUUAAGGACAGUGAUGAUGAACAAACUGGAUUCUGAUUUCUGAACGAAGAACAGAGCAACUCAAAUUAAUGGCAGUUGAUCAAAAGAACAAUAAGAACAGAGUUUGUUCAUAUUACUUUUUAAUAUUUAAAAUUGUGUAAAAGGCUUUGAUGUUCAGUCAUUUGUUAGUAUAUUUAGUACUUUUACUUCUUUUGAAAUAUCAAUUUAAAUGUUGUUGUAAUGCACACCUGGUAGAUAGGUGCAUAAGAAAACGAAAUUAGGCAAAACAUACUGCCAGUGCUUAGGUAAGGUAAGUUUAUUGAAAAUGUAUGUCUCAUGUAUAUUACUGAAAUGUUGCGUUUUCAAAAAAUGUGCAGCUGACAGUGUUUUGGGAUUCAACACUUUCAGUUGUUGUAAAAUAAACAAAAUACACAGUUUACCAAUGCUAGGCAUUUUAUUACUCGUAUAUAAAUGUACAUUUUGGGUGGUAAUACAUCAGUAACACAUAUAUAUGUGUUGACAUUAUAUGAUCAAAGUCUUAAGGUAUAAUAUCCAGCGAGUGUUAUCAAAAGAAUUUUCCCAAAAUAUCAGCUUUAUACAGUAUACAUACAGUACAUAAGAUAACCAGUCAUUCAGAAUUCAAUUAAUGUGUGUGCUUGUGUUAAUUCAUUGGAUCCAUGUUUAUAGUUUGUAUUAUAUGUAAAUUUGCUUACAACAUCUCAUAAGAAAUUGUUAAAUAAAUAAAAU